AUGAAAAACCACACGGCCAUAACAACCUUUAUCCUGCUGGGACUGACAGAUGACCCACAGCUGCAAAUCCUGCUCUUCAUCUUUUUAUUUCUCACCUACAUGUUGAGUGUAACAGGGAACUUGACUAUCAUCACCCUCACAUUGGUGGACUCCCAUCUUAAAACGCUUAUGUACUUCUUCCUCAGAAAUUUUUCCUUCUUGGAAGUCUCAUUUACCACUGUCUGUAUUCCUAGGUUCCUGUACAGUAUAUCAACCGGGGACAAUACCAUCACCUACGGUGCUUGUGCAAGUCAGAUAUUUUUUGUUAUUCUCUUUGGAGCCACAGAGUUUUUCCUCCUGGCUGCCAUGUCCUAUGACCGCUACGUGGCCAUCUGUAGACCCCUUCAUUACACGACCAUCAUGAGCAGCAGAGUCUGCACCAUCCUCGUCCUCUGCUGCUGGGUCUCUGGGUUGAUGACCAUUGUCCCACCCCUUAGCUUGGGCCUCCAGCUGGAGUUCUGUGACUCCAAUGCCAUUGAUCAUUUUAGCUGCGAUGCAGGUCUCCUCCUAAAGAUCUCAUGCUCGGAUACGUGGGUAAUAGAACAAAUGGUUAUCCUCGUGGCUGUAUGUGCACUCAUUAUCACCCUCGUGUGUGUAUUUCUGUCCUACACAUACAUCAUCAGGACAAUUCUGAGAUUCCCCUCAGUCCAACAAAGAAAAAAGGCCUUUUCUACCUGCUCAUCCCACAUGAUUGUAGUUUCCAUCACCUAUGGAAGCUGUAUUUUCGUCUAUGUCAAGCCGUCAGCAAAAGAAGAGGUGGCCAUAAAUAAAGGCGUUUCAGUGCUCACCACUUCUGUGGCACCUUUGUUGAACCCCUUCAUUUACACCCUGAGGAAUAAGCAAGUGAAACAAGCUUUCCAUAACUCCAUAAAGAGGAUUACUAUAAAAUAUACUUCCAAGUAA